CAGGCCCUCAACUUCGCCUUCAAGGAUAAGUACAAGCAGAUCUUCCUGGGCGGCGUGGACAAGCGGACCCAGUUCUGGCGGUACUUAGCCGCCGGCGCCACCUCCCUCUGCUUCGUCUACCCGCUUGACUUUGCCCGAACCCGCCUGGCAGCGGAUGUGGGUAAAGCCGGGGGCGACCGGGAGCUCAACGGGUCGGCGCCUGCCCGGCCAAAACCGCUCGGCGACUGCCUGGUCAAAAUCUCCCGCUCGGAUGGCCUCAGGGGCCUGUACCAGGGCUUCAGUGUCUCUGUCCAGGGCAUCAUCAUCUACAGAGCCGCCUACUUCGGCAUCUACGACACCGCCAAGGGCAUGCUUCCGGACCCAAAGAACACCCACAUCGUCGUCAGCUGGAUGAUCGCUCAGAGCGUCACUGCUGUCGCCGGCCUGACCUCCUACCCUUUCGAUACGGUUCGUCGUCGCAUGAUGAUGCAGUCCGGACGUAAAGGAACUGACAUAAUGUACAGUGGCACUCUUGACUGCUGGCGGAAGAUCGCCCGGGACGAGGGCUCCAAGGCAUUUUUCAAAGGGGCAUGGUCGAAUGUACUGCGAGGGAUGGGUGGUGCUUUUGUCUUAGUCCUCUAUGACGAAAUCAAGAAGUACACAUAAGUUGUUUCCUCUUGUGAACUGGCAUGUUGUUCUAUGUAGUCUAUGACUGUUCAUGGACUUGUUUGAAAAACCAUCUAGUUACUAAACAGUGAUGGCUGAUGUUUAUACAGGUUGGCAUGGGGCAGGGGAGACUGCCUGCCAUGUCUUUAUCGAGUUAUUCCCCCUGAUGGGACUCAUGAUGGUUUCUAUUUCAGUCACUCCUGUUUAAAGAGUACAAAGAAAUAAAGAUCUGAAACCAA